AUGUCUGACAAGGAGGGGGCGGCCCCCCCGCCGGAAGGCGUAGUGCCCGACUUUCAGCAUCCGCAGGACGUAUUGCAUACCAUCAAUCUGGUGUCGCAGAUUCUUUCCAUUGUGUCUGUUAGUAUCUUUAUGAUGCUGCGCAUCUAUGCGAAAACCCUCAUCGCGCCGCCGUUCUACUUAGAUGAUUGGAUGGCAGUUAUCGCCUGGAUAUUAUCAGUCGGAUACAGCUCGACGGCACUCGUGAUGCAUCGUUAUGGAGGUGGCUUUCACAUUUAUGAGAUAUCUAAGGACAAUUUCGUUGGUUUCUUGAAGGGCUUGUAUGCGGACACACUCGUCUACGGCCCUAACUCGUAUUUCACAAAACUCGCCUUGCUACUCAUCGUAAUCAGAGUCUUCAGACUGAACAAGAAGACUAUCGUUGGUACAUAUGCCGUCAUUGUAUUCAUGACUGGAUACUAUGUUCCGGUCCUCUUUCUCAAGAUGUUUAUUUGCCACCCAAUCGCGGGUUAUUGGGACUCAACUCUCGACGCCACUUGCUUCAAUCAGCGAGCCAUCUUCGUUGCCGACACUGCCGUUAGUGCCAUCACGGAUACUGCCGUCCUAUGUCUCCCAAUACCCGUGGCUUUGAGCCUGCGAAUGUCAUGGACAAAGCGGCUUAAGGUGAUUCUCAUGCUCAGCGCAGGGGGCGUCGCCACAGCAGCAAGCAUUAUUCGGAUGAUUUUAGUAAUUCAACUACAAAAGUCGGAUGAUGAGCCGGUCGACUUUAUUCGUUUUAACUUACUUGGGACUGCGGAAGUGAGCAUCGGCAUGAUCUGCGCCUGUCUUCCGGCAAUCAAUAUCUUGUUCAUGCGCGGAUUCAGUGGUUCGCAACAAUCAAGUUGCAACACCGGCCAGAGCAGCAAAAAGUACUUUGAACUCAAAUUUCUCAUGGGCAGUAAGCUACAAACGCAAAACUUAACGGCAGUCGAUACCACCGGGGUAACCGGGCCUGUGCUGGUAAGCACUGUUAAUACAGAGAGCAUGGUGCAUGAACAUAGGGAUUCGAUCUUUCCUAUAGAAAGGAUGAGCCGAGUAACCUCUAUCAGACCAGACGAUGUGGAAAGAGGCAUCUGGUCGGAUGAAUGGUACUCCAAAGUCACAGCGUCGCCUUUCUCAGAACCAGGAUCUCCUGAUUGGGCUCGAAAGGGCUCCGUGGGCUUCAUGGAGACAAUAAUAGAAUUGGGCUAA